AUGGCUUCUAAGGAUAUUGGCCCGGGGGGUCUUCUGAGUCUGCCCCUCCGUCUCCGCCAGGACGUCAAGGACUCUCACCAGUCGAUUGUUGGCAGUGGUAAAGCUACAUUGACUGCCUCUGACCAGGCCUCAGGCAAUGAACUCGACUUUGCGCACCAGGCAGUUGUCGAAGCUGAAGCGCCUACUGUGGCUGAUCCUAUGGAGAUAGCUGAAAACCAAGCCAACCCCUCUCACAAACCACUUCUUGACGAUGGAGACGCAACUGUAACCGAUCCCUUCGAGAAUGCAGAUGGUGCGAGCGCUUCUAAGCCGCAGGCCGCUGUUGACAAUGGAAAACCAUCCCUGAGCACCCCUGUCCAGGCUGCUGACGACCAACCCGACUCGACCUCUCAGCCAGCUGUGAGCGAUGGUGAUACUACCUUGACUCAACCUAGCCAGGCUGCAGAUGAGCAAGCUAAGUUAGCCAACUCUGUACAUUCGUCUGCUGUUGACGAUGGAGAAACGACAGAUAUGGCUACUGUGGACUUAGUUGCGCCUAAGAAAAAGAAGAAAAGAAAGACUAAGUCCAAAGCCAAGCAUGGAAAGGUAGUCGAACUCAUCUGA